AGGCUCUGGCCGUCGUCCAAUCGGAUUGGUCAGGGCGCUAGGUGACGCGUGCACUUCCGCUGCUCUGCGGCCGGUUAGAAGGCGCCGGUGCGGUGCGCGAGUUCUCUACGAGCGGCCGGUAGAGGAGGACGGAGGCGCCAUUUUGAGACGUGUUCAGCUCUAUCAACAAAAUGUAUCCCAGCACGCUGCUACACCUGGCCCGGGCAAAUCCUUUCAGCGCCCCGCUGUUCACGCUGCAGAAGACGGAGGAGCCCUCACGGCCAGCCGCUAACGGACAGACCCGCAGACUGGCAGCAGCUUCAGUGGCUGACUCGGGUGAUAGCUGUGAGUUUGGUUCAUCAAAAUACUACGCACUCUGCGGCUUUGGGGGCAUCUUGAGCUGCGGUAUCACACACACAGCUGUAGUGCCCCUUGACUUGGUCAAAUGUCGGCUUCAGGUGGACCCUGCAAAGUACAGGAGCAUCUUUAAUGGAUUCUCGGUCACAAUUAAGGAAGAUGGCGUUCGGGGGCUUGCUAAGGGAUGGGCACCAACCUUCAUCGGAUACUCCAUGCAGGGUCUCUGCAAGUUUGGCUUCUAUGAGGUGUUCAAGAUUCUGUAUGGUGACCUGCUUGGAGAGGAAAAUGCCUACUUGUGGAGAACCUCUCUGUACCUCGCAGCCUCUGCUAGUGCUGAAUUCUUUGCUGAUAUAGCUCUGGCCCCAAUGGAGGCAUGUAAAGUGCGCAUCCAGACCCAGCCUGGCUAUGCCAACACCCUGAGGGAGUGUGCCCCCAAGAUGUACGCUGAGGAGGGUCUCUGGGCAUUCUACAAGGGUGUGGUUCCCCUGUGGAUGAGGCAGAUCCCCUACACCAUGAUGAAAUUUGCCUGUUUUGAGCGCACAGUUGAGCUGCUCUACAAGUAUGUGGUACCCAAACCCCGCAGCGAGUGCAGCAAGCCCGAGCAGCUGGUGGUCACCUUUGUGGCUGGUUACAUUGCUGGUGUUUUCUGUGCCAUUGUGUCGCACCCUGCUGACUCUGUGGUGUCUGUGCUGAACAAGGAGAAGGGAAGCACAGCAGCUCAAGUGCUGAAGAGGCUUGGGCCCAUGGGUGUCUGGAAGGGUCUAGUGGCCCGUAUCAUUAUGAUCGGUACCCUGACCGCCCUGCAGUGGUUCAUCUAUGACUCUGUGAAGGUGUACUUCCGCCUGCCCCGCCCCCCUCCACCAGAGAUGCCAGAGUCUCUGAAGAAGAAGCUGGGUCUUACAGAGUAGAGAACUGCUCAUUCCUCGGUUUAUCACGUUCCCUCCUGUUUUCUAUAUUUAAGCUCCCAAAUGCUACACUGUUCCUCCCAGGCUGCUGCUCGUCUCGGUCAUCUGGACUCUGAGAGGGAUUUCCUCCAUGUAUAGAGGUUUCAUUUAGAUUAUGACAUGAGUGAAUUCCAUCUGGUUUUAAAUUGUCAAUAGUAUGAUUUAAAAAGACGAUCUGGAAAUGUGA